AUGUCACAGCCCCGUCUUCCUCGAACUGUUCCUGGGACCGGUUGGCGUUGUAAAGUGCAGACCAGUAAUAUAAACGUCGCUGCUGCGGCCCCUUACUUCUCCCUGGGUCGUUACAUCCCGGCUCUCCCACCACUCUGCUCCGUGAUGAAAUCCUCUUCGCCCGUGUUCCAAUCCACUUCUACAGUCUUCUCCAGCAGCACUUACGAAGACCUCUCCCAGAUCCUCACUCUGCACACCAGAACGGUUCGACAGUACGCCCAACAAUGGCACAACACUGCUACCACACAACACUCUCUUUGGUUUGGUGCUCCUUUAACAAUCGUGCACAACUCCUUCCUUUCGUCUCUUACGGCCCGCACUCUUUCCGCUCGCUUCAAAAGCGAUCCCCGGAUCAUCUGCGCCUACGGACUCUUCAGAAGGCGUGGUCUCACUGUGCUCCAUAUAGCUGCACUGCAUGGACACCUAGACUGUAUGGAGCUGCUGCUGGACGCUGGUGAUUUUGUGGAUGUAAAUGCUAGUUGCCCUCAUGGACGCAGACCUAUACAUAUGGUGCUAACUGCUCUGAGUAGACCUAACUCACACAUCUGCCUUACUUUCCUGCUGGAACAUGGAGCACAGCCCAAUGUCAGAACUGAUGAAGGGGUAACGCCGCUGCAUUUGGCUGCUGCAGAAGGCCUGAGAGAAUGCACAGAGACACUAGUGAGAAACAAAGCAGACACAAAUGUUCGAGACAAUAGAGGUCAUACACCACUUGACCUUGCUCGUAUCUGGGGCUACAAGGACAUUGCCAGGUUUCUUAAAGAUGCCAUGUGGAAAAAAGACAAAGAGCAGGAGAUGGAAAAACUCAAACAGCUGCAUAAUCUCAGGCAGGACCUGGUCAAGAGCCAUACAAUGGCAGAGAGCAAAGAUAAGAUGAUCAGGCUGGCUGUUAACAAACAAGAGCUAUCAGUAUGGGCAACGAGGCCAGGUUGUUCUCAGAGGAAGCAUGCCAUAAAUGUCAAGCAAUCAUCCAGACAUGCCAACUGCCUACUCACUGAGCCAAAGAUGCCAAACAACCGCACAAAAUGUCACCCUGGCACUCCAAAAGAAAAAUGGAACAUCUCACCCAUCCCUUCCAAACCUCCUCCAGGCAGCAUUAGCCGAUCUCAGGGGGUGCGAAUGGGAACUCAUCCUGAUGAAUUGCCAUCUGAGCCAGAUUUGAGUUGUAGUGUGACGCUUGGCUGCCGUAAAGAUGGGCGUCCUCGCUACAUAGCGUCGCAAGAUGGCAUUUCACAUUUAUUGCCUGACCUGCCGUUGAACAUCCUCCUGAAAGCUUUGUUCCCAUCAGCAUUCCCAUCACGGAUUGAUUCUCCCCAACAUUUCCAAAGUUCUAGUGUGCUGGAUCUGCCUCGGUUGGGCCGGUCCUUAAAAGCAGAUGCCUCACCAUGGACUGAGGUGGCCAUGCAUCUCGCAGAGGAGUUGCAGUUAGGCCACUACUAG